AGAGGCGAUCAGCGGCGUGGAUGGUUGACUUCAACUCAUCUUUUACACAUAUGUCUACUCAAUAUUAUGAUUAAGGACUUCAUUGGUAUCUAUUUUCGUAGCUCGGAUCAUCUCCCGAGCGGACUUAAAGAUGGAGCCACCAAAGAAGAAGCAAAGGCUUCUAUCGAAAGCUUGCGAAGGCUGUAAAGUAAGAAAAGCGAAAUGUGACAGUGGGAGCCCAUGCUGUGGCGCAUGUCGCAAAAGGGGGACCGAAUGCGUAUACAAAGAAAAGGAACAGCCGGGACUUCGCCCAGGGUUUGGGAAGAGCUUAGAACAGCGCCUGAUUCGUAUGGACGACACCCUACAGCACAUUCAGCAAAUGCUUCAAACUUACCCACAUCCAUUGAACUUCCCUGGGCAGCCGAUGAAUGAUGCAUACGAUUCAAAUCAACUACAUCAGCCCCCUCAGGCUCCACCAAAUCCGGACCCCUCGAGUCCUCAGUAUGAGCCGACGGGUUCUGGGGAGUUCUUCGUUGAACAACCCGAGCAGGAUGAUGAGAUGCCCGAAGGUCUUCCUCCACGUAAAAUGUUGCGAAAACUGUCGGACUUAUACUUCCAAUUCGCGCACCCAUGGGUGAAUAUCUUCGACCAAACGCAUCUUGAAGUGGACAUAUUUAAUUCUGAUAACCUUACUCUUCUCCACGGCAUCACCACAUUAGGAUUGACACACUGGGAUGAACCAGCAUUCGAUGCGGCAAUGAGACAGCAAUAUAUCGAUAAUUCACGGGGAAGGCUGUUGAAUUCUGCACUGGAAGAUAUAAGUUUCACCUCAGCACAGGGCCUAGCAUUUCUUGCACUCGAUGCGUUAGGCCAAGGUCCUAGUAGCAGGACGUUGAAUAUUAUGGCCCUACUCAACACGGCCAUGACACAACUUGGUUUGACUCGAGAUAUAAUUCAAGAGACGGAAGUUCUCCCUGAUAACCGCACGAGAAUGGUCAAAAACCAAAUUAUCGAAUCGGGCCAAGUUCACAGUCGGGUUGAUUAUGAGCAGAGAUGUCGCCUGUUCUGGACUGUAUACACGCUAGAUCGCAUUGUCGGCGUUUCUCAUGGGUUUGAAUGUCGGAUAGCGCCUGAUUUAUUUCAACGCACCAUGCGAACGGAAGAAAUUUGGACACCCCAGCGAAGGAUUGAGGCGUUGAUCGAAGAUGUGCAAAGAAAAACCGCUAGGGCUGGAUUAUCAGAUUCAUGGCGUAUUCUUGUCCAGAUUAGCACUUUAAUGGAGAGGGUUAACGACUUUAUACUGAAUCCCGUUGACCUCUGUGACUUUGCUCAGUGUCAGCAGUGGAAGAGUCAUUUUAGGGCCCUGGAUGCAGCACUUACCGCCUGGAAGGAAUCGCAACUUCAACCCGCAUUCCCCGGGGAGCUUGACCCCGUCUUGACUACCGCUAACGCCCUGUAUUAUACUGCGAUAAUUCGAAUACAAUCAGUCGCAGCGUUUCCACCGAAAUCCAGCUCUUACUUAACGGCAUCACCAACUGCUCCUAAGAGAUGUCGCGAGGCCAUAGAGAGUAUAUGCACAAUCUGCGAAUCUAUGAAUCCGGGGGACUUUUUAAAAUUAGGACCCCUAUUUGUAUUUUCCGUAUGGGUGGCUGCUCGAAACAUGGUUACGCUAUGGACAUCUGGGUGGGAGGAGCCCACAGCAGCUGUUCCACCCGAAUUAGCGACGCUGAGAAGUAGCCUGCACGCGCUAUCACAGGUAUGGCAAUGUGCACAACAUUUUACUAAAAUGAUUGAUUUUGUUGUGGAUUCGAAAGGAGAAGCUGAUGAACAUUCAAAUUUGGCUGUCUUUAAUGAUGUAUCCAAGACUGCGUAUGGUUUGCAGACUGUUCUUGGCCCGCGCAUGAAAUAUAGUGGAGAUGCUCAGAUGGCUCAGAUUUGGGAUUGGUUUUCUAUUCCUGGUCUGGAGUUGGAUAAUCCUUUUGUAUGAUAUGCAUUUUUCUGGCUACAUAGGGAAGCGAGAUAUGUAUAUAUCACGGCAGAUAGCAAACGGUGCUUUGUAUUGUUGAGAAACUGG